AUGGUGGAGAAAGAAAUGCAAGAAAUAGACUCAAAUGGCGUUUUAUAUUCAUUUCCAGGGCCUUCUGAGUCUGAAUUAUCACUAGAAGAGGCAUAUUCUGUUGUUAAUGAAGCAGAUCGUCUUUAUUAUAAGAAAGAUUAUGAAAAAGCGGUUGAGAAAUAUAGUUUGGCUCUUGAACGAAUUGUUCGGGAAUACGGUGAAGGAGAUGUUAGAAACGCAGAUGUUUUUUAUUCAUAUGGAAGAGCAUUAUUUCAUUUAGCAGUGAAACGAAGUGGUGUUUUUGGUGGAGUAGUUCCUCCACUAAAAAAUCAUACAGAUAUAGGGAGUGCUUUCCCUAAGCCGUUGUUUAAUUCGUCUCGAUUAUGUUUUUCUGGGGAUGAAAGUAGUGAUGAAGAAUCAGAAGAUAUGGUAAAAGAGGAUGAUUUUAGUAUUGCGUGGGAGGCCCUAGAUUUUUCAAGAUUUCUUUAUCAGAAGAUGUUAGAUAUAAAUAGAGGUGUGUCUGAGAAGAGUUCGGAGGAUCAAAAAAUGGGAUUUGUUGAAGAAAAUUCUAUAACGAUUGAGAAAAAGUUGGCAGAUACAUAUGAUUUAUUGGGAGAAAUUUCACUUGAGAAUGAAAAUUUUCAACAGGCUUUGGUAGAUUUUCAGUCUUCUCUUGAUCUUAAAAUUAAAAUAUAUCCACUUGAGUCAUCACUAAUUAGUGAGGCACAUUAUAAACUUGCAUUAGCUCUUGAAUUUUUACAGGAAAGUGAUUUGCGUGAAAAAGCAAUUGAACAUAUACAUUGGGCGAUUAAAAGUUUAGAAAAACGCUUGGAAAUUGAACAAAAAAGUAAAAAAGGUAAAGAAAAACAAGAGAAAGAAGAAUCUGAAAUACAGGAUAUGUUAUUGGAACUUAGACAAAAGAUUAAAGAACUUGAAAAAAAUCCUGAGAAAACGGUUGUAAAAACUCCUGAUUUUGAAAAUAUAGUAAGAAAUUCUCAAGAUGUAAAGAAAACGCUUUUGGAUAUAAUUUCCAAUGCCAAUGAUGUAAAUGCUUUAGUUAAAAAGAAAAAGAAAUCCAUUUCUAAUGGACUUCCAAAUAUUGAUGAAAAUCAGCAAAUAAAUCAAGUUCAUAAAAAGACGAAAAUAGAAAACUCAUGUAAUUAA